AUGGGCGCCCUCUCUACCCUCGCCACCGGCAGCAUCGCCGCCCUCCACGGCUACAUCCUCGUCCUCGAGAUGUUCCUCUGGACCACGCCGCGCGGCCGCAAGUCCUUCAAGCUGACUGCCGAGUUCGCCGAGCAGUCCAAGGCUCUCGCCGCCAACAUGGGCCUCUACAACGGCUUUCUGUCGGCCGGAUUGAUCUGGGGCCUCGUCCACCCAGUGCCCGAGUUUGCGACCCAGAUCCGUCUCUUCUUCCUGAGCCUCGUCUUUGUCGCCGGUGCCUACGGCGGUGCCACGGUUGGAAAGCGCAUCAUUUACGUGCAAAUGGUUCCUGCAACCAUCGGUCUUGGCCUUGUCUACCUGGGCCUGUGA